AUGUCUUUGUCGCAGGAGGAGAUGGACGCCAUAAUCUAUGACGCCAGAGACGGCGACUUGGACUUUUUGAAGGAAGUCUUUUCCGAAAUUGUCCCGGGGCUGGUACUUCCCACAAUCAAAGACGACAUCACUUUGAGCACCCCAGUACAUAUGGCAGCUGCCAAUGGUCACUUGGAGGUGGUUAAAUAUCUAUUGUCUCUUCUUCCUCAUGAUGAAGCCGUGGCUUUAGUUAACCAGGCUAACGAGAGCGGAAACACUGCCUUGCACUGGGCCGCUUUUAAUGGCCAUUUGCCUGUGGUACAGUUAUUGGUGGAAGAAUAUGGCGCCGAUGUUUUUGCUAAGAACUCUUCGAACCACGAUGCUCUCUUUGAGGCUGAGAAAAAUGGUCAAGCAGAAGUGGAGAAUUGGUUCUUGCUGAAGUUUGCAAUCGAGAAUGACGUGCGCGUGGAAGAAGAUGGAGAAAACACGAAAAUCACCUUCACGCCGGGAACAGAGUCGAAGGAACUUGAUCGUGAAGCAGCUGAGGCAGAAAAGCUGCGGGCAGAUAGUGUGGCCGCCGUGGCUGACUCCACUGCCUCACUUUCCUUGUAG